AUGUGGCCGCGACGGGUGUAUACCCGCAAAAAGAGGGGCGGCCAGCGGCUCAACAUGACCCCGACGCCGGACCUAGGCCCGGCAGCGACAGUCGCUGCCCACGGCUGGAAAGGAGAUGACAAAGCGCACGGUUUGCGGAAGAUCGUGGAGAAAGCGGAGCAGAGUGUGCCGGGAGGUAGCAGCUCUGGGCCACUGAGCUCGCAGUUACGAGUUACGGGGGAGAGAAGCCUGAAAGAAAAUAGCACUAGCGAAGAGACCCAGGAUGAGAAGAUUGCUCCAUUGAGUGAGUCAGUGACUGAUGACCUCCAGGUUGACAGUAGUUCAUCAGAUAGUGAAUUAGUAUCAGGAUUAAGUUUGCAGCAUAAUAUUUCUAGUUCUCUUCUGAGUGAUUCAGUCACAGACUCUUAUACAGAAUACAAGAGUCUUGAAGAGAGUUUAAGUAGCUUCUCAUCACCUGAACUUUUCAGAGGAUCAGAUUAUUUAGAUUGGGAGUGUCCCAAGUUGGAAGGACACGUGCAACGCAAGAAUUCCACUCUUCUGGAUAGCAGCAAAGCGGUAGCAAUAGAGAAGGCACCACAGUUUUCAAACCUUUCUUCAAUUUUAGGUACUUCUUCAGAAGACGAUCAGAAAUGCCAGAGAAAAAUAGUGAUGACAUUAGCAGAUGAAAAUUUUUCUCCAAAACCAGAGAGUACUUCAAAUUCAGCAUCAGAUCAUGCAGCUUGUGAAGUUGUACUUGCUAAGAAAAUUGACCCUUCAAUCCCUGAGAAAACAAAGAAAAAGAACACAAAUUCCAGUACUCGUGAUAAGAAAAGCAGAGGCCUGUUAACAAGUACUCCAUCUUCGCAAACAGCUGGUUUAGAGAUUGAUCUCUCCUCAGUGCGAAAAGCGUCUUGUGAGGAACUGUUUCCUAAUGUCAGCAACUAUGUUAAUUCAGAUGAAAUUGUUCCUGUGUCAAGUUUGCAAGAACAUUCUUCAAAUGAGUUUCCUUCAAAUACAUCAGAAAUAUGUUGUAUUAUUAAAGCAUCACCAGGAACUAGACAAGUAAAAGUAAAGGUGUUAUUUUAAAGAAGAAGAAAUAUUCUCUUCCUAAAGAUAUUCCUCAAGAUAUUAUAAUAAAAACAAAUGGCAGGAUGUAGCAGCUGUGGCUGAAUUUUCACUACUUUGAAGACCUGAAUGUGAAGUCAGAGUCUAUAAAGCAAAAUGUCUGCCUGAAAUUAUAUGAAAUUCAAAAAACAAAAUUCUUUAAUUAUUUGUGAUAUACCCUGCUAAUGGAAUUCUACUGAGAUUCUUCUAAUUUAAUCUUAAUAAGUUAAGAAACAUUUUUCUGUAUGCUUCUUCAAUAUAUGUAUUUGUAUUAUAAAAUAAGAACAAAUAGCUUAUAUUAGUACACUAAAUAGA